AUGAAGUUUUCAACUGUUGGUGGUGCUUUAGCACUUGCUUCCACUGCUUUAGCAUCUGAAGGAUUCCAUAAAUAUUCAUAUGAAGAAUACGUUGUCAUGUCAUGUAAAGGUGCUGUCUUAUCAGCUGCUACAUUUUGUGAAAAAGAUACUGUGAAAACAUAUAAAUGUGAUUGUAAAAAUAAACCAGCUUUAGGUUCUUGGAUAAAUUGUAUUUAUGAUAAAUUAGGUGAAAAUGAUAAACAUGGUGAAAAAAUCGUGGAAGAAUAUUGUUCAGAAUAUAAUGUUACCUUAGAUUCUGAAAAAUUACAAAAAGCUUAUGCAAAUGCAACAAAAUAUAUCGUUGAUACCACUAAAAUUGAUGGUUUCAACAAGACUGCUAUUUUUGAUACACCAGUUCAAUAUAACAAGAAAAAAUAUGUUAAUUAUUAUAAUUCUUAUAAAGCUAGAUGGGGUAACGUUGAAGAUACAAUGUAUUUAGGUGCUGGUUUAUUAGGUUAUUGGGCAGUUAUUUUCCUUGUUGCAACCAUUUGGAAUUUCUUGAAUAAAGUUGCAUUUAUUAACAAAGCAUUCCAUUCAAAAUUUGUUAAUACUAUAAGAUCAAAAUUAUCAUUAUCUUCAUUAUUUGCAAAUAAAAAACAUUCCACUCCUAUACAAUUCCUCAAAGUUGUUGGUGGGUUUGUACCAUUAAGAAUUGAAACAAUUGUGAUUUUCUUUUAUUUUGCCUUAUUAUUCAUCUUUUCAGGUGUUAGAUAUACUUUUGUUCAAAAUGAUACAAUUUGGAAACCAGUUGCAGCACAAGCUGCAAGAUAUCCAGGUGAUAGAACUGGUGUUUUAGCACUUUAUUCAUUACAAUUAACAUUUUUAUUUGCUGGACGUAAUAAUUUCUUAAUGUGGUUAACAGGUUGGAAACAAUCAACUUUUAUUACUUAUCAUAAAUGGAUUUCAAGAUUUAAUUUCAUUAUGGUUUUAAUUCAUGCUGGUUCUAUGCAUCAACAAUCUGUUGGUAUGGGUUAUGAUAAAUUUGUUACUAGAUUACAUACUUUUUGGUAUAGAUGGGGUAUUGUUGCAGCUGCUUUCAUGGGUGGAUUAGUUUUCACUGCAGCUUAUCAAGUUAGAAAAACUUUUUAUGAAGUUUUCCUUGGUGUUCAUAUCGUUUUUGCUGCAAUUUUCUUAGCAGCUUCAUGGAUUCAUGCAACUCAAUUUGGUUAUGAACAAUUUACUUAUGCCCUUGCAGCCAUCUGGUGUUUUGAUAGAUUUGUUAGAAUCUUAAGAUUGAUUUCAUUUGGUACUCAAGAUGCGAAAGUUACUAUAAUUUCUGAAGAAACUUUAAAAGUUGUUAUCCCAAAAAGAUCAUAUUGGAAGGCAUUCCCAGGUUCUUAUGGUUAUUUACAUUAUUUAACACCAACUACUUUCUUCCAAUCACACCCUUUUACUAUAAUUGAAACUUCAGAUAAAGAAAUUACAUUUGUCACCAAGAUUAAAGGUGGUGUUACAUCACAAAUUUAUAAUCAAUUAAAAUCAAAACCUGGUCAAACUGGUAUCAUUAAAAUCUCAGUGGAAGGUCCAUAUGGUAAUCCAACUAAUGUUACAAGAUAUGAUACUGCAUUAUUAUAUUCAGGUUCAACAGGUAUUGCAGGUCCAUAUUCACAUGCAUUAAAAUCAGUUCAAUCUGGUAAAAAUCAACAAGUUAAAUUAUAUUGGAUUAUUAGACAUUGGAGUUCAAUUGAUUGGUUUGUUGAAGAAUUGGUUAAAUUGAAAAACACUGGUGUUGAAGUUAUAAUUUAUGUUUCACAACCUGAUAGUGCAAUUGGCUCAAGAUUUAAUGGAGAUCAUUCAUCAUCAAAUGGUUCUGAUUCUGAACAAAAAUCUGAAAAAUUAAGUUCAAAUGAUGAUGAAAAAUCUGGUAAUUUAGAUUCAUUAAAGAAACAAUUAGAUUUUAUUGAAUUUAGAUAUGGUAGACCACAAAUUAAUGAAAUUGUUCAUAAUGAUUUUUCAGAAUCUCAAGGUACUAUUGGUAUUUGGACUGCUGGUCAUAAUUCAAUGGUUGAUGAUAUUAGAUCUGCUGUUGGUGAAAAUUUAAAUGUUGCUAAAGGUAGAGUUGAUUUCUUUGAUGAAUUACAAGUUUGGUAA